AGCCAGCCAAUUAACUCAACAAUCUGGAUAAGAAAACUCCGACCGUCCCCAUCAACCUUAACCGAGAAUUACACCUGUCGCCCAUAAAACUGUACACGUGUCUUCACCCUACAAAUUUUCUAAAUUCGGAACAUCGUGCUGUCAACUGAGCCCCAGCGGCCGCUCUCGAAUCAUUACUUCAAAUUUAUUGAAUUCAGCUUCAAUAAUUCAAUCAAUCCAAUCGGCGUUUUUGUAGUAACAAUUAUAACGAGAAAUUAUGAGUUUCAGAGACGAUAACGAAGAUGCAAGGGACCUGCGGAAGCCGUUUUUGCACACCGGGAGCUGGUACAAAAUGGGCUCCAGACAGUCUAGUAUGAUGUCGUCAUCGGCUCAGAUCCUCCGUGAUGGCUCCAUCUCCGUCGUCUUUUGCGUCAUGAUCGUCGCCCUGGGCCCCAUCCAAUUCGGUUUCACGUGUGGCUACUCUUCACCUACGCAAGCUGGAAUCAUCAACGAUCUUAAUCUUUCAAUUUCAGAGGUUUUUGAGAGUGUGGCAUUUGAUAUCGGAUAUAUGAGAAUUCUAUUCAUUAUUCGUUAUAUAAAGUUACAGUUUGUGAUUUCCAAACAGUUCUCCGUUUUCGGCUCUUUAGCGAAUGUGGGAGCUAUGGUUGGUGCAAUAGCAAGUGGUCAAAUAGCAGAGUACAUUGGCCGCAAGGGGUCGCUAAUGAUUGCUGCAAUUCCUAAUAUCAUAGGAUGGCUGGCCAUAUCUUUUGCCAAAGAUUCUUCCUUUUUAUUUAUGGGAAGGUUGUUGGAAGGGUUUGGUGUUGGUGUAAUCUCUUACACGGUGCCUGUGUACAUAGCUGAGAUAUCACCUCAAAACAUGAGAGGAAGUCUUGGAUCAGUGAAUCAGCUCUCAGUUACAAUUGGAAUAUUUCUAGCGUAUUUGUUGGGACUAUUUGUCAACUGGAGAGUGCUCGCAGUUUUAGGGAUUUUGCCUUGUACAAUAUUGAUACCUGGGUUAUUUUUUAUACCAGAAUCUCCACGAUGGCUGGCCAAAAUGGGGAUGACAGAAGAUUUUGAAGCCUCUUUGCAAGUCAUACGAGGAUUUGAUACAGACAUUUCUAUUGAAGUUAAUGAAAUAAAGAGGUCUGUAGCGUCUUCAACCAGAAGAACAACAAUUCGAUUUGCUGAUCUAAAGCGAAAAAGAUAUUGGUUUCCUUUGAUGGUAGGAAUUGGAUUAUUGGUUCUCCAACAACUCAGUGGCAUCAAUGGUGUUUUAUUCUAUUCGAGUACCAUCUUCAAAAGUGCUGGGAUCUCAUCAAGUAAUUCUGCUACAUGUGGACUGGGGCUUGUCCAGGUCAUGGCUACCGGGGUCAAUACAUGGUUGAUGGACAGGGCUGGCCGCAGGCUGCUUCUUUUAAUAUCUUCAUCUGGGAUGACUGGCAGCUUGUUACUUGUUGCAGUUGCAUUUUAUUUGGAGGGUAUUGUGUCAGAAGAUUCUCGUUUAUAUAGCAUACUGGGGAUACUGUCACUUGUGGGCCUUGUGGGUAUGGUAAUUUUCUUCUCCCUGGGAGUUGGGGCAAUUCCUUGGGUCAUUAUGUCUGAGAUUCUUCCAGUAAAUAUCAAGAGCCUUGCAGGCAGCGUUGCAACAUUGGCAAAUUGGCUGGCAUCCUCGAUAGUCACAAUGACUGCAAAUUUACUUUUGUCUUGGAGCCAAGCAGGAACCUUCAUUAUUUACACAAUAGUCACUGCUUUCACUGUUGCUUUUGUAUCACGUUGGGUCCCUGAAACCAAAGGAAGAAGUCUUGAAGAAAUUCAGUCUUCUUUUAGAUGAAACUGGUGUUAUCUGUUCUAAUCCUUUGCAAGUAUAUGUCAUCUGGUGUCUCAUCAUUGAUAUUUGGGCAAAUUGCUUCCAUCGUUGUUCUAUAAUUCAUGUGUAUUUUUUAUCUAGCAUAAGGAGGAAAAGGAGAGGACAAACACCGUGUUGUUAUUAUUAUUUAAAAAAAUUCUUCUAAUAUUAUAUUUUUUUCAUCCAGUAUAUGUAAUAAAAGGGUUCUUCAUUCUACUAGAGAAAACUGAGGAAUGUUACACAACACAAACCAAACAGAGGGAGAGGAUGACUCAGAAAGAUAGUGUGAUUUGUCACUUUUGGGAUCCCUCUGCAUGUAGAGAAGCAAGAAAUUGCUUGAGACACCUAUUGUAGACACAAGGUCGCUCCAGGUGAACCAAAUGACCUGCAUUCUCUAUGCCCUGAAAUGUCGCAUUCUCUCCUAAUUGCCUGUAAGUAAACCACCUCUGUCAUUUUAGAUUUUUAUGGGAUUGUAAAGUCAUAAUAAUUCCAUUAACAACUUUCUUGAGUGACUAUUUUGGUUGCCCGGUGCAGCAACAAUAGUGAUCAUUAAUGUGGUUUGUCUAUAUGUAAACUGUUCUUCAUAUAAAUAGAGGUCUUAUACAGAAGCGUUUGGAUCAA